AUGAGUGAUGAUGUCCCAGAUAAUUGGCGUAUUGGAGAGAAAUGCCUUGCCCCUUGUCUUGAAAAUGGGAAACUUCAUGAAGGAACAAUAUCCUCUAUUGAAAAGGACAAGAAUGGAAAAUCAUUUGCUAUUGUAUCAUUUCUGGAGUCUGAAGAAAGGAAAAUACUAAUAACUAAACUUUGUAGAGUUGAAGCCAGUAGAGGACCCCAGAAGAGCUUAAUAUUUGAUGAUGGUGAUUUGGAAAAGCCUUAUUUUCCAGACCGAAAUCUUUCAUCUCCUGCAGUUUCUUUCAAGUUAUCUGUCAGUGGUGAUUUUAUUCCAUACACAAUUAACAGAUACCUUCGUGAUUAUCAAAGGGAAGGAGCCCAAUUUCUGUAUGGACACUAUACUAAUAAAAGGGGCUGUAUUCUUGGAGAUGAUAUGGGCCUUGGGAAGACAGUACAGGUAAUUUCAUUUUUGGCUGCAGUGUUGCACAAAAAGGGAACACGUGAAGAUAUUGAAAAUAACAUGCCAGAAUUUUUACUGAGGACAAUGAAAAAAGAACUGAAGUGUAACCUCAAGAAGACUUUCCUCAUAGUGGCCCCUCUUUCAGUGCUGUACAACUGGAAGGAUGAGUUAGACACAUGGGGGUACUUUAAGGUCUCUGUCUUACAUGGCACUAAAAAGGAUGAUGACCUGAGUCGCAUCAAGCAAGGGAAAUAUGAAGUUGCCCUUACAACGUAUGAGGUACUUCGCCUGUAUUUGGAUGAAUUUAACAGUGUAGAAUGGUCUGCUGUGAUAGUGGAUGAAGCACACAGAAUCAAGAAUCCAAAGGCUCAAAUAACUCAAACCAUGAAGUCAUUAAAAUGCAGUGUUCGCAUAGGUCUUACUGGAACCAUUCUUCAAAACAAUAUGAAGGAACUUUGGUGUGUUAUGGACUGGGCUGUACCAGGGCUUUUGGGUAGCAGACUGCAAUUCAAGAAGAAAUUUUCUGAUCCAGUCGAGCAUGGCCAGAGACACACAGCAACUAAAAGAGAGCUGGCAACAGGUCGUAAGGCCAUGGUGAAGCUAGCAAGAAAAAUGUCUGGCUGGUUUCUGAGACGUACCAAAGCACUUAUUAGUGAUCAGUUGCCAAAAAAGGAAGACAGAAUGGUAUACUGUUCCCUGACUGAAUUCCAGAAAGCGGUUUACCAGGCUGUGCUAGAGACAGAGGAUGUGAGCUUAGUAUUACGAGCUGGAGAGCCCUGUAGCUGCAGCAGUGGUCGUAAAAGGAAGAACUGUUGUUACAAAGUAAAUGCUCAUGGUGAAACGAUUAAGUCACUGUGCUUCAGUUACCUGACAAUUCUACAAAAGGUUGCAAAUCAUGCUGCACUGCUGCAAAUGGACAACACUAGCAAACAGCAAGAAGCACAUAUCAAACGGGUGUGCAGCGAGGUAUUUUCCAGUUUUCCAGAUUUUGCACAGUUAAGCAAAAAUGCUGCCUUUGAAGCAAUCUCUGAUCCAAAGUACAGUGGAAAAAUGAAGGUCCUUCAGCAGCUUUUAAAUCACUUUAGAAAAAACAAGGAUAAAAUUCUUCUCUUCUCUUUUUCCACAAAGUUGCUAGAUGUGCUGGAACAAUACUGUAUGGCAUCUGGGCUAGAUUACCGAAGACUUGAUGGAAAUACAAAAUCAGAAGAUAGGAUCAGAAUUGUAAGAGAGUUCAACAGCAUUCAAGAGAUUAACAUAUGUCUUGUAUCUACAAUGGCUGGUGGACUGGGUCUUAAUUUUGUUGGUGCCAAUGUUGUUAUACUGUUUGAUCCUACAUGGAACCCUGCAAAUGAUCUUCAAGCUAUUGACAGAGCUUAUAGGAUUGGCCAGCACAAAGAUGUUAAAGUGUUUAGAUUGAUAUCCUUGGGAACUGUGGAAGAGAUGAUGUACUUGCGACAAGUUUAUAAACAGCAACUUCACUGUGCAGUAGUUGGAAGUGAAAAUGCCAAGCGGUAUUUCGAAGCAGUGCAAGGAUCCAAGGAACAUCAAGGAGAGCUUUUUGGGAUCCAUAACCUUUUCAAACUUAGGACUCAUGGAUCCUGUCUUACCAAAGACAUCCUGGAGAGGGAAGGGCAAGUAGAAGCAGGAGUCAUGACAGCAACUACAUGGCUAAAGGAAGAGACUCCUCCAUGCAACUCAGAAAAGUGUGAGCAACUGGACUGUAGAGAAGAUGGAGAUCCUGGACAAGUAAAGAGAGAAGAAAUGGAUUUUUCUGAUGACUUAAGUGAUGACAUUUUGGAGACCUCUGUGAAAAAAUGGGGCAAAAGGAAGCCUAGAAAUGCAAAUAAUUUAAUGGUAACAAAGGGACGAUUUUCCUUAAUGCAGUGUGGAUUCUCUAAGUUGUUGCAGAGAGAAAUUGAAACCACCAAAGAGUAUAAUAAUUACAAGUCUUGUAAGUCAAAUUCUGUUGAUCAUGCUAUAAGAAGAAAUAGAAGUAGCAAGCAUGGUGAUUUCCAGAAAUGUCAAAGCAAUGAACAUAUUUUGGAGCACGAGAGAGCUGCUCAUUCACCAGAUGAAAGUGAUGAACAGGAUGCGUGUAGUACAGACGGGCUUGUUUUGUCCAGCUCAGAGGAGGAAGGGGACAGCGAAAGUAAGGAUCAAUGCAUUUCAAAGCAAAGUGAUGUAGUCAUUGAAACAGACUGGAGUUCUGAAGAGAACAAUGAUGUUAUCUUUCCUACCCAAGUUCCAGCAUACCAGCAACCAAUGCUUACUAAAAAAGUUGAAAUUUGCAGUUCAGCAUAUAAAAAUCCUGAGGAGAUACCAAAGCAAGAAGAUGGGCUGCUAUUUAAGGGAGGAAGUAGGCAACGUCAAUUGCAUAGUACUAAGUCAGAUUUCAGAAAAAUUAUGUCUUUUGAAGACAUCAAGAACAGCAGAAGAGAUUUAAAAGGGACAAAUGAUGUAAGUGAUGAGUCAGAUGAUAUUGAAAUUUCCCACAAUUCUGAAUCAACAAGGUUAAGAACUCUCACCUUUCUAAAAGGGAAAGAAAGACAUUUCUGUAACAGUGUACUAGAUGACUUCUCCAAAUCUGUGCUACAAUCAAAGAAGCCUAGUAGAAAAGAAAAGGAAAGUUAUUCUCAGAAUAUAGAUGAAUUUUCAUCCUCUGAAGAUGACUCACCAGUUGAGAAAAUUCAUACCAGAAAGCAAAGGUACAAGUGUAAAAGACAGAGAGACAGAGUUCAGUUUGGAUCUAAAAUGCUUCAUCCUAUUCAAGGUAGCUCUGUUGCACAAACGAAGUCUAGCAAUUAUGCUGUGCGUAGAACUUCUGCAAGUACAACUGAAUUUGAACAUCAAGAGAAAAAAUUUGAAUCAAUGGACAGAUUUUUAGAUGGUGUUCAAGAAGUGGCAUAUAUUCAUUCAAAUCAGAAUGUGGUUGGAUCCAGCAAGGCUGAGAAUCGCUUGAGCCGAUGGGCAGUGCGAGAUGUGUUUGAGUUGAAGCAGUUUUCCCAGCUUCCUGCUAAUGUAGCAGUCUGUAGUGCUAAGAAAAAUGAAGAAAAUCCAGACGAUAAUGCAGCAGAGAAGAACGUUAUUAAGGAAGAUCAAGAAAUGUCGGUGGACAGUAAGCAACAUCACCUGUAUGUUAUGCAUCCUGUGACCCAGAAAAUCAAAACGGUACACAGAGUAGGUUCAACCACUUUCCUGGUUGGAAGGACACCAAAAGGAAUCUGUAGGAGACAAUUUGAGGAAAUGGUAUCCCACUUUAAUAUGGGGUCAGUGGAGAAACUGGCAGAACGUAUUGUAAAAGCUACAUCAGAAAAAAGGCAGAAGAUAUUGAAGGAAUUCUAUGUUACCAAACAUCCAGAGAUGGAAUCUUUAUUCCCAGUUGUAGUACCAGCACAAGCUUCACAUUACUCUGAGGAAAGAGAAUCAGGUGCAACAUACUUCCAAAAAAGAAAAUCUGUUGUUAAUUUUGAAAGACCUAAGUCUAAAUCUUUGUCAACUACCAGCCAGCUUCUGAGUGAAACUACAGAAAUGCAGAGACAGCAGAGCUGCAAAGGAGUGGCAGAGCAACUUCACAAUGACUCCUACAUGCAAUAUAUGUGUGUUGAUGCAAAACAUAAACAAUCACUUGCUGUUGCUGCUCAACAUAUCGAAAGGAGGAACAGUCAGGCAUUCAAGUCCUCAUUAAGUGGUGAAUCAGAAAUAAUUAAGCUGCUGUCUGUAAAAAGUAGUGAAGGACAGCAAGAUUCCAAAGGAGCACAACUGCCAAGAAAAAGAUCCCUAUCUCAGUCACAAAAUGGGGAGAAAAAAGCUCAGACUUCUAAGAAAUCAUUUGUGGACUUACUUGGAGAUACCUCUAUUCUCAAUGACAUCUUCAGAAAUGAUGGAAAUGGGCCUACAGAAUCAGUAAGGAGAUUGCCUUCAGUGCAGGUAGAAAAAUCAAAGGAGAGACCGAAAGACUUCUGGGACAUGCUGAAUGAGCAGAAUGAGGAGAGCCUUAGAAAGCUCACGGACAUAACAGUCAUAGAGAAGCUAUGUGAAAAAGUACCCCAUCUGCCAGUGACAGAAGAGAAAGACAUGUAUGAAAGUUCUCUUUGGAAAAAAAAUGAAAAUUUUUUGUGGAAAAAAUACAGUCCAGAUGAUUCAGAUGAACCAUCGACUUCUAUAUCCUGUAAAGCGGUAAAAUGA